GAAAACGGCCGUGCCAGGAUGACAAGCUCCGCGUUAGCUUUCAUCGCUGUGUGGUCCCUUAUUGGCACUGCCUCAUGCCAGUUCAGGGUGCCUCUAAUGCUGGUUGAGUCCAACUGGACUUCUUCGUUUGGAAGGGCGCAUACACCGAUUCACGAACAUCUUGACAAUCAUGUGAACAUGGACUACAUCGGCGAGGUGAAGCUGGGUACACCAGCUCAAACAUUCCGCAUCAUCUUCGACACGGGAUCAGCUGACUUCUGGGUUCCAUCCGUUAGGUGUACGGACGGCUGCCAGGAUCGCAGGAAGUACGACCCUUCGCAUUCAAGUUCGCACAUUCCGGACGGCAAGCAGGUGUCCAUUAAGUACGGCAGCGGCGAGGUACGUGGUGUGGUCGGCUCCGACACCCUGCAAUUGGGCGAAGGGGUGGUGCCCGCACAGCCAUUCGCCGAAAUUACGCAUGCGUCGCCAGGUAUCUUCCACCCCGAACCAUUUGACGGAACGAUCGCCCGGGACGUUCCCUUCGAUGGCCUCAUCGGGCUCGCCUACCCUAAGGUGUCCUCGCUAAAAGUGAAGCCGGUGUUCGACGCCAUCAUGGAGAAGAAGCUGGUGCCCCAGUCCGUUUUCUCCUUCUACCUGGGAAGCACCACGAGUGCCAGACCCGCCGGUGAAUUAGUACUCGGAGGCAUCAACCAUGAACGCUUCAAGGGCAGCUUGCAUUACGUAGCUGUGAGCAAGAAGCGCCACUGGGAAUUUCAGAUGGACCACGUUCAAGCUGGAAAAGAGAAACGCUUCUGUGUCGGCGGCUGCUGGACAGUGGUUGAUUCGGGGUCUUCGUUCAUCGAAGGACCCGGCGAGGAAAUCGACAGGAUCAACCGGAUUAUAGGUUCCCAGAAGACAGAGCAUGGGAAGUAUGUCGUCGACUGCAAAACAGUUAGCAAGUUGCCGAAGCUUAUCUUCACCAUAGGCGGUAGACAGCACACUCUCAAGGGAGCCGACUACACAUUAAAGCUGCAAACAUCCGACCACCAGGUACGAUGCUACGCCGGCUUUGGAACCACUGAUGACUAUGGAACAAAGAAGCCUUUGUGGAUCCUGGGCCAAGUUUUCAUGCGGAAGUUCUACACAGUCUUUGACCGAGAUGCUGACAGAAUAGGAUUCGCAGAAGCACGUUAGCGGCAUGUGAACGCGCCCCGUGUGGUUCUUGAGAGCUGCGUUCCGGUGGGAUGAUGAAAUCAAAUGUACAUUGAAAUGCAUGGAAUAUUCAGAUGGCGUGCUCUAGGUUCCCGACAACGUGAAUGCGUUGGGAAGGCUUGGAUAAUCAUUUAAGAAAAGCUAAAGACCAACGCAAAGUUUAUGGUGGUGCCAGUUUUGUUUAAACAUUCUCAUUUUUAAUUUCCCGUUACGAUGUUUUUUGAAUGCAGAACAGGAAAAGAAAACCCUCGAACCCCUGAGCGUAUGCACGUCAUUGUGACGCUCACUUGAAAUCUGUGAAUACACGAAUUAAAUACUGAAAUCAUCGACACUCCAGAGUGACGUCAGGGGUUUCAAAGCAUCAUAUUACAGCCGGGCAGUUGUGGUGAAGUAAGCAUUAACAGUUUUUUCUAUACGUUCAAUAUUUAGCCCCGCUAAUUAAUAUUCAACAAAUGAUUCAAGGGACUUCAUUUGAAAUAAUCAACCAAUUAAACAGUACACAUGCUCAUA